ACUACGAACCAAUUCAUUCCAGAAAAAAACAUGAAAUAGAAGUAGCUGAACAAGAGAACGAAUUGAAUUGAAGGGAUGGAUUCAUCACAAAAUUCGUCUUCUGCAAGAGCAACUGGGAAUGGACUCAUCAAGCUAAGCAAGGAGGUAGAAGAUCCGAAGCAGAAUCUCAACCAAGUCAUCAAUUCAAUACAGAAGACUCUUGGUCUUCUCCUUCAGCUCCAUCUCACCGUUUCUUCUUUCAGCGUUGCUUCUCAACUCCCUCUCCUGCAACGCCUGAAUGCUCUGGUUUCGGAGCUUGAUAACAUGCAGGGAUUGGCGGAAAAUUGUAACAUUCAGGUUCCAAUGGAGGUUGUUAAUUUAAUUGACGACGGGAAGAAUCCGGAUGAGUUAACAAGGGAUAUUAUCAAUAGCUGCAUCGCCAGAAAUCAAAUCACCAAAGGGAAAACUGAUGCGUUCAAGGGUCUGCGUAAGCACCUCCUGGAGGAACUUGAACAAACAUUCCCUGAUGAAGUGGAAUCUUAUAGGGAGAUACGUGCAACUUCUGCUGCUGAAUCAAAACGGCUUGCACAAUCAGGGAGUAUUUUACCAAAUGGAAAUGUGAAGGUUAAGUCUGAGUAUUAAGCGACGAAGUCUAUGGGGAAUCAGGUUCCUGUAGUUGCAUGUGCUUUACCAUGGCGUCGUGUGAGAUGGAUCUCAGUUUUUACUCGUUGAUAUGUUGAUCCUCUGUCGUAGGCAUUGAAAACCUAGGACUACCUUCUCAUGCAUUGCAACAGUAAAUUUUAGGAUAUUGCAGAAAGACUAUGGCAUCAACCCGUAUCUGCAUUUUAAACCCCCCCCCCCCCCCCCCCAAAAAAAAAAAAAAAAAAGGCUCGUCCUGCAUGGGGGUUCUUUGUACGGGUAUCCAUUAUUGUAAUAUGUUGAAGAAAAGGACGAGACUAGACAGCAUUGAUCUUUUGCCUUGUGAGACAUUUUGUAUGAUUUUUCUUA